UUGUAUGUUCAAAACCAUGAUUGUAACAGGCACAUGAUUUGUAGUAGUAGGAGUAUAUAGUGCUUUACACCAAUAACGUAGAUAACUGUAUCUUUCUAUUAUAAUCAAAUGAAAAAUAAACCAGAACCAGAUAAUUUUACCAUUAAGGUUACGUCAUUAACAAAUAACGAUUACAAAAAGUGCAUUUGAUUCCAUUAUAUUCAUUCAUAAAAGAAAAAUGGUUCGUGCGUGGUACAUGGACAACACUGAUGCUGACCAGCGAUUAGAACACCAUAAAGAACCACCUGAAUAUAUUUCCCUUGAAGACUUAUUCAAGAGAACGGGUGUCGAAUAUUUUAAGGUUGACCAUAAAGAUUAUAAACAUGAUAAUACAUUAACAAAAUUGAAAGAACAGCGUGGCUAUACUUAUGAAGAUGAAAUAGAAUGUUCUAAAAAAUGUCUCCCAAACUAUGAAGAAAAAUUGAAAAAUUUCUUUACGGAACAUCUUCAUACUGAUGAAGAAAUAAGAUUAGUUUUGGAUGGAUCAGGAUAUUUUGAUGUUCGAGAUGAAGAAGAUCAGUGGAUACGUAUCAAAGUUGUUGCUGGAGAUUUGAUAAUUAUUCCUAGUGGAAUAUAUCAUCGAUUUACUUUAGAUACUGAUAAUUAUAUAAAAGCAAAACGUUAUUUUGUGGGAGAACCUGUUUGGUUACCUUAUAACAGACCUGCAGAUAAUAUGGAGUGUCGUAAAAAUUAUCUUAAUCGUUUGAAUAAUGGUUUCCAGACUGUAUCAACCUAAUAUUGCCUGUAAAGAAUAUUUAACAUAUGCUUUGAAAAAGUAUGAUAUAAAUACAGAAAUUUAUAUUCGCCGAAAUAUUGAAAUUUGUCUAAUAUGUAAAUAAAAAUUUUUAUAGAUUAGUAAGAUAUAUUAUUUUGUUAUAUGGAUUUACAUUCCAUAAUAUUACAGAACACUGUGCUUUUAAUAAAUUAU